AGGGAUCACACCUUUGUUGAUGGGAAAGUGAUGUCUUUACAAGAUGGAGUAGCCAUUGCUCUGAGGGUACUGAACUCGUAGGAUCCUCUCUUCGUGUCAAUGAGUCAACUGUCUCGCUGGUAACUCAAAUGUUUGUUGAGGCUAUGUGGGAGCGAGCAUACAAUCACAUAUGUUGGCCAGAUGCUAAAAUGGAAAAGAUCAAGCGCAAGUUUGACAAGAUCCACGGCCUGGCAAAUUGCUGCGGUGUUGUACAUACAACCCACAUCACGUUUGGAUCACAAAACCAGGAACCUGGUGAUGAGCAGAAUGACGAUAGGCUUACGCUAGUCGUUGAUCCAGAUAUGAAAUUCACAGACACUCACCUGGGAUCAGAAAACCAAUUGAGCGUUUUGCAUGAUUCUUGGCUCUUUGAGUCCUGCCAGGAGGGUACUCUGCUCAAUGGCAAUAAGCUCAAGUUAUCAGAUGGCUUGGAAGUUGGGGAAUACAUCAUUGGUGAUGCAGGAUACCCUCUUCUCCCCUGGCUUCUCACACCUUAUCACCUGGAAGGCAAGGACCUCCUCUCUGCAGAUGUUCCUCCUUAUCAAGCGGAGUUCAACAGGAGACACUCUUCAGCAUCGACCCUCACGCUGGCUGCAUUGGCGAGGUUGAAAGAGAAUUGGAAGAUCUUAGACAGAGCUGUUGGUUCACUCCCAGUUGUGGAAACAAUCGAUGUGUGUUGCAUCUUGCAUAAUAUAGUGAUAGACAUGGAGGAGGUAGAGGAGGAGGAAGUUGCGGGCAUGGAGGAGGAGAAUUACAUCGAGCAAGUGCGGCAGGUAGAAAAAAAAAAAGUGCGGCAGGUAGCAGAUGAGGAUGCUGUCAGGGUGAGGGAUAUACUGUCACAGCACUUGACCGGAUCUGGAGGUGCCGUGUUUGGGCAGCAUUCAAUUCAAUUGUCAAGUGCGUUCAGGAUAUGUCAUGGUAAUGUGGCUGUGACAGUUCAAAUAACCAACGUGAUUGUCAUGGAGGAGUAG